ACAGAGCACACGGGAGUGUCGGCAUUUACCUGUCAAGAUACGGACUAACGUUACCAGCCUAACAUUGGGAAUAUCUCUAGUUUCGACUUGCAAACUGCAACAGAUUAUCUUCGCGGUGCAGCCAUGAGUAUGAGCGGGGCGACGUGGAGGGGAGAGGGGGAUUUAAAUUUCUCUUCGGUCCCAACAGCUUCUUUUGAUUUGAAGUAAACGGUGCACCGGAGCAGAACCGAGCAGUGCUGUCUUUACACGUUUGCCUGAGAUAAAAGUUGUUGUUCGUCCAUUACGCGAACAACAUAGUCUGUAUACACAAGUUUGUUGUUUUUUGUUGAAAUUCUUCGGAGUAUUUUUCCUGGAGAGCGGAGGUGGCGAACUGAAAGCGGCUCACCGAGUCGGGACUGACCACUGGAGUUGGUCCUGAAAAUGGAGGCUGUUAUCGAGAAGGAAUGCAGCGCGCUCGGAGGACUCUUCCAAACUGUUAUCGGAGACAUGAAGAGCAGCUACCCUAUUUGGGAGGACUUUAUCACCAAGGCCAGCAAACUGCAGUCGCAGCUCAGGGCAACAGUGGGUGCUGUGGCUGCUUUUCUGGAUGCCUUUCAGAAAGUGGCCGACCUGGCCACGAACUCACGAGGUGGGACCAAAGACAUUGGAUCAGCGUUGACCAGGAUGUGUAUGAGACAUCGCAGCAUAGAGGCUAAACUUAAACAGUUCUCAAUGGGCUUCUUGGAGGGUCUGAUAAACCCUCUACAAGAACAGAUGGAGGAGUGGAAAAGAGGAGUCAACACUUUGGACAAGGACCAUGCUAAAGAGUAUAAAAGAGCCCGGCAGGAAAUAAAGAAGAAGUCCUCGGACACACUGAAACUUCAGAAGAAAGCGAAGAAAGGUCGUGGUGAUAUCCAACCCCAGUUGGACAGUGCCAUGCAGGAUGUUAGUGAUAAAUACAUUCUGCUGGAGGAGACAGAGAAACAGGCCCUGAGGAAGGCUCUCAUAGAGGACAGACAGAGGUUCUGCUGCUUCGUAGCCAUGCUGCGGCCCGUAGUGGAUGAGGAGAUUUCUAUGUUGGGAGAGGUCACCCAUCUCCAGGCUAUCUCUGAUGACCUUAAAGCCCUGACCUCUGACCCACACAAGCUGCCCCCUGCUAGUGAACAGGUGAUCAUGGACCUGAAGAGCUCAGACUACGGUUGGUCAUAUCAAACGCCUCCCUCAUCCCCCAGCACCACCAUGUCCAGGAAGUCUAGCAUGUGCAGUAGUCUGAACAGCGUUAACAGUAGUGACUCCAGGGGAUCCAGUGGCUCUCACUCUCAUUCUCCUUCCUCCUCUUCUUCCUCCUCUUCCUCACACCACCUCUUCCACCACCAUCACCCCCGCCACCGGUACCGUAGCUCCACGCUACCCCAGCAGGCCCCAGCCCGGCUCUCGAGCAUCUCCUCCCACGACUCGGGCUUCAUUUCUUCAUCACACGACCAAUACACAUCGUCCAAGUCAUCCUCACCGAUGCCAGCUGAAACAAAGCCUUGUCCCAGUUCCAGGUCCUCAGAGGUAUCAGAGACUGGGCAGCUCCACAGUGACUGCAGCUCUCCCUCUCCUCUAGCUGCUGCUAAUGCGCCUCAGCACGCCACUGACAAGUUGUCCAAUGGUUUUGACCACUACAGUCCGGUCAGUUCCCCCUACAUGCAUAGCAAUGGGGGCAGUUUGGGCUCAGGGUCAGGCACUGCCUUCCCCUUCUUCCCUCCUUCCUCCUCAUCCUACACCACCUCCUCCUGCCCCACUCGUUCAUGGUCACGUCCCGCCUCAGCCCUGCUACCAGACCACCCUCACACCUGCAUAUUGGGCUCCCCCAUGGUGCCUUCAUCAAGAGUUCCCAGCUGGAAGGACUGGGCUAAGCCAGGCCCAUAUGACCAGCCCGUGGUCAACACACUGAGGAGGAAGAAAGACAAGGAGAUGCCAGCUGUGGUGGACAGUAAUGGCAGUCUGAGUAAUGAUAGCUGCCCGUCCUCAGGCCCGCCUUCCAUCUCGACCUUAGCACCAGCUCCAGCUGUGCUACAAACAUCAGCAUCAGUGGAAGAGAAGAACAGAACCGUGGCUGCUCCUCUCAAGGCUGGUGAAAUUGAGGCCCAUGAGGAAUUGGCUCUGGCUUUAUCCAGAGGUCUGGAGUUGGACACCCAGAGGUCCAGUCGAGACUCCAUCCAGUGUUCCAGUGGCUACAGCACACAGACCAACACACCCUGCUGCUCUGAGGACACAAUACCUUCACAGGUUUCAGACUAUGACUAUUUCUCAAUGGCCGGAGAUCAGGAGCCUGAGCAGCAGCACUCGGACUUUGACAAGUCUUCCACCAUCCCCAGAAAUAGUGACAUCAGUCAGUCCUACCGACUCAUGUUCCAGAGCAAGCGGCCGGCCUCAACAGCCGGCCUACCCAGCACACAGACUCCUUACCAUGGACAGGGGGCCUACUCUGCAGGGCCCUAUCCCCCCACACCGGUCCACACUGGGGCUUAUCCUCCUACCCCGACAGGCCCCUGUUCUGGUCAGGGAUUUUAUUCUGGAUCCAGCUCCCAUAAUGCCUCUGGCUCAUACUCUACAGGCCAUGGUCCAGUUAUUGUCACCCCUGGGGUGGCCACCAUCCGCCGCACACCCUCUUCAAAACCCUCCGCCCGCCGGUCCGGCUCCAUUGUGGGCACAGGCCCCAUCCCUAUUCGCACGCCAGUCAUCCCAGUAAAAAUCCCCACGGUCCCAGAUAUGUCUACAACAGUUAAUGGAAGCAGGAGCGCAGAGGAGACGGGCGGAGGAAGAGGAGAAGAGAGCCCAGAUUCUCCAACCUUUGCAGGAGGGGAGGACGCUGGCACGCUGCCUGUGAUGUCCUGGAGCGGUCAGGCUACGACCAAUCCUCCCACUGUACCUCAGCCCAGCCAGCAGCAGCAGCAGCUUCACCUUGAGACAGGACAGGAAGGAGGAGGACAGGAGGCGGGGGAAGAGUCAGAAGGCAACAUGCUGGUGGCUAUCCGCAAGGGGGUUAAGCUCAAGAGAACUCUCACUAACGACCGUUCUGCACCACGCAUCGCAUGAUGACGUGACAGUAGAGUUAUGUGAGCUGGUGUCACAGUAAUGAGGCUCUCUGUUCAUUGUUUGUAAAUGAGGUCAAAGGCUUUAGAAAAAAUAUUGCUCAUAGAAAUGCGAUGUACAGAAUCAAAAGGCUUCUCAUGAGAAAUCUAUCCUGUCCCACAUGCAGUGUUUCUCAUUCUGUAAAUUUUCACUGCAGAAGCCAUCUAUAAUGAUUCUACAAAAAAAAAAAAAAGUGAUGCCAUCUUUCAGGUUCACAUUUUCUGAUUUGGCUUAUGAUACCUCAGAAAGUAUAUAAAGUCAGUUUAUUAAAAUGUUGGUUUGGACCUAAAGCGCAUCACUGGCCCACUUGUAGAUCCAUGAAUAAGUCAAGUAACUACAUGGGCAUUUACGAGUAGCAAGACAAGAACUAAUUUCUCAUAGAGGUCCUCGAAAAGCACUAAAAUGUUUUUGCAAAUCAGAGCCCAAUGACAGUGUAAAAAAUUAACAAGAGAGGGACAGAGUUGUAUUACACUACAGUACGUACAUUUCCUUAAGGGAGGCAGUAGACGUAUUUUACACACAUGUAUCCAGUAUUCUUCCUGAAGCAAAGGGUAGGACAAGGACAAUGUGUCUGCCUCCUUUCAGUGUAAAAAGACACUGUAUGAUAUGUGAAAACGCUCAUUGUUUUAGUGCAUUGUACCAUCAUUGGACAAAUAAGCGUCCUAACUGCCUAGUGACUUGGCACAAGGGGCGCAAUUACCAGUGUAAGUACUUCACAGCCUCAAGAGAGCAAUAUUCAGACGCACUAUAAAGUCAUGGCUCCAGUGGUCGGAUUUUGAUUGCACAGUUUGGGAUCUCCUGAAUUACAACGACGGCUUACUUGGAGGGUCGCCCUGACGGCUGCAGGAAGGUGCUGCGUUGUCAAAGCUGUCUGCCGUUCACAGUUCAAAUACUAAAUGCAGUAUGUCCACAACACAGGCGGCAGUAUGACCAAUACAGAGAACUCCUCAGAAAGCAGAACUUCAAUUAAGUCAAAGUUGAAGGAGAUGACAGUGUGAUUAAAGCAUCACAUGGUUGAUGCCAUGACAUUAAGAGACACUACAAGUUUGCCUGUUUUAGUCGUUUUAGUAUUUACAUGAUUUGUAAAUAAUUUUGCACGUCUCUGUUGGUGUGUCACACUUUUCCUUCUGCCUCCCCACGGUGCCACAGUCAUUAAGUUUCACACGAUUGAUUUCAUAUAAUGAUCUUCAAAGCCCAUUACAUUGGAUGUGAAUUGGUUUUAUUUUUCUGCAUUUUUUCCCCAGUAUGAAUCUCAUUUAAUCUGCAAUAUCUACAUGCUGAGCUUUGUAGAACUCCUCAGUUGUUUGUGUUUAUAUAUAUUAGCCCUUAUAAUAUACAUAUAUGUGUG